CAAGAUGGCCACGCCCACAGCUGCCACGGAAUCUCAAGCUUCAGGGGGUCCCCGGCCCCCAGCGUGUCUGUUGGUGUUGGGAAUGGCGGGGUCCGGGAAAACCACCUUUGUACAGAGGCUCACAGGAUAUCUGCAUAGUCAAGGGUUUCCACCUUAUGUGAUCAACCUGGACCCAGCUGUGCAUGAAGUUCCCUUUCCUGCCAAUAUUGACAUUCGUGACACUGUGAAGUAUAAAGAAGUCAUGAAACAGUAUGGACUUGGACCUAAUGGUGGCAUAGUGACCUCACUCAAUCUCUUUGCUACCAGAUUUGAUCAGGUGAUGAAAUUUAUUGAGAAGGCUCAGAACACAUCUAAGUAUGUCUUGAUUGACACACCUGGACAUAUUGAGGUAUUCACAUGGUCAGCUUCUGGGACAAUUAUCACCGAGGCCCUGACAUCCUCGUUUCCAACGAUUGUCAUUUAUGUAAUGGACACAUCUCGAAGUACCAACCCAGUGACCUUCAUGUCCAAUAUGCUCUAUGCCUGCAGCAUCUUAUACAAAACCAAGCUGCCUUUUAUUGUGGUCAUGAAUAAAAUUGACAUCAUUGACCACAGCUUUGCAGUGGAAUGGAUGCAGGAUUUUGAGGCUUUCCAAGAUGCUUUGAAUCAAGAAACUACAUAUGUCAGUAACCUGACUCGUUCAAUGAGCCUGGUGUUAGAUGACUUUUACAGCUCACUCAGGGUGGUGGGUGUGUCUGCUGUCCUGGGUACAGGUUUAGAUGAACUCUUUGUGCAAGUUGCCAGUGCUACAGAAGAAUAUGAAAGAGAGUAUCGUCCUGAAUAUGAAUGUCUGAAGAAAUCACUGGCCAGUGCACAGAGCCAGCAGCAGAAAGAAUAACUGGAACGCCUCCAGAAAGAUAUGGGCUCUGUAGCCUUGGACACAGGAACUGCCACAGGCAGCUCAUCUCUUGUGCUGGACCCUGCUGAUUUGAUCCUGACCCUGGGAACUUUGGAUGAAGAGGAUGAAGAAGCAGACAGUGAUACUGAUGAUAUUGACCACAGAGUUACAGAGGAAAGCCGUGAAGAACCAGCAUACCAGAAUUUUAUGCAAGAAUCAAUGGCACAGUACUGGAAGAAAAACAACAAAUAGUUUGUAAAGUUCAAAAUUUUGGAACUCUGUGUGAAGGACCAUCUUUAUCUCUGACUUGGGGCUACAAUCUAUAAAGGAUGGAUUUGUUCAGCAUAGCAGUUUGUCUUACUAGUGAAACUUCCUGACUCUGAUGAAGACAGGAAUAGAUUAUUUGGACCUGCUAAUUCCCAUUGGCCUUCCCCUCGGAUUUAUGCAAGGAAGCAUAUUCUGUUUUUGGACACUGAUAUCCCUUUGAGCCACAAGUUGUAUCAUUUGAACUCAUCUACUUUUGCUACUGAUGGAUGAAACAGAGAACUCAGUAGGCUGGAUCUCCAGGCUCUACUUCCCAAGCAUUUGCCUUUGAACUUGCACCAUGAGUUCCCUUCCUUUUUAUCAGAAAGGGUGAGAGGAAACAGGAGCUUGUCCAGAAUGACAGUGGAGUCUCCUUGGCAACCAGUCAGUGUUGGUAUGAAAUGUGCCUCCCACUGGGGAGCUCAUUAGAGAACAUCAGGUUCACUGAAGAAAGUGGGCAACACAUAGUAAGAAUUUUACUUUAGAUGGUGGCUUAGAUAAAGAGUUUUUAAUUUUCAAAAAAAAA